AUGAACGCACAAGUGGUGUUCGAUGCUGAAGAUAUCGGAGAAGACAUGGAGGACCACAACGAUCCUUUAGUUCUCAUCACUUUGACAAUAGCGGGAUGUAACAUCAGGAAGAUCUUGAUAGAUGGUGGAAGCUCCGUCAAUAUUUUGUUCUAUGACACGUUCAAACGAAUGGAAUUGAAUGAUGAGCAACUGAUGUCCUUUUAUUAUACCAUCUAUGGAUUCAACGGUGAACCAACGAAGCCCCUGGGAGACAUUCUACUAGAAAUGGAAGCAAGACCAAUGAAGGUUGAGAUCCGAUUCAGUGUGGUAGACGCUCCCCCUACAAUGCCAUCAUGGGACGUAGGUGGUUCCAUAAGCUCAAAGGAUUAG